AUGGGCCUCUUCUCCCGGAAGAAGGUCGAGGUCGUCGAGGAGGACCUGGACCCCGAGUACCAAUACGGCCCGCGGCGGCUGCGCAUCAUCAAGGUGCUCCGGGGCCGCUACGCGCCCCAGUCCAUCGAGUGCGACAACGUCAGCGAGGGCGACAUCCACGACGAGUCCGCGUUCAACGUCGUCGUCGUCACGGACGACUUCAUGUCGUCGCCGAAGAUCUCGCUGCCCUACCAGAAGCGCAUCCAGAUGGUCAUCGAGACCGUCGCCGACGAGUUCGGCACGCCCCUGCCCUUCACGCUGACGGUGCAGGCGGCGCUGACGCUCAAGGAGUACGACGGCGAGGCCACGGUGCCCGCGCAGCCGGGCCAGUUCGCCAUCGGCACGAUUAAGGAAGCGCUAAUGGCCCACCCACUAACGGCCGACGCGCCGAACCCGGCGGCGCACUGGUUCGCCGUCGACGCGGCCCACGCGCCGCCGCCGCCCCUGAAGCGCGCCGACGGCGAGGAGCCCAUGGACCUGCGGCGCGGCUGCGUCGUGCGGCGCCUGGGCGGGCGGCCCGGCCGCGGCCUCGUCGUCGCCGAGCCCAAGGCCGGCGAGGACGUCGUGGGCGUGCGCUUCGGCGGCGAGACGCACGCGGAGCUCGCGACCCUCGAGGACCUCGUCGUCGUGCGCGACCGGCGCGAGAAGUGCACGGACCUGCGGAACGUCGCCGAGGCGCUCCACGCCGUCGUCGUCGGCUCGGACGCGUUCAAGGACUGCGACCCGGACGAGUCGACGGCGGAGAAGAUCGCCCGCGGCGCCGCGCCGCCGGUCUGGCGCGAGCACGACGCGCGCAUGCGCGUCGACGUCGACUGGGUCGGCCACGUCGCGCGCAAGUGCAUCGCCUACCGCAACGUCGUCUGCUCCGAGGCCAUGGACGAGUGCGUCUGGCGGAGCCUGGAGGGCAUCCUCGACACGGCGACGACACUCUUCGGCGCCGGCGCGCCGGAGGUCGCGACGAUCCUGCUCGUCCAGAUCUUCGCCUUCGAGGGGCUCGCGAAUUUGCCGAACGAGGGCCAGAAGCGCUACGUCCGCGCGGCCCGGGAGAAGUGCGAGGCCCUGCGGGCCAUCGCCACGGACGCGAAGGGCCCCUUCGCCCGGGGCCGCCUCGAGCUCCCCUGGUGCGAGAUGGACAAAUCCAUGCGCUACGACGCCACACUGCUCGAGGCCGAGGCCGCGCAGCACCUCGCGUCGGCCAUCGCGACGUCCGGCGACCACGACACGGCGCUGGAGAAGUACUACGAGGCCAUCGAGCUGGCCGAGUCCGCGGGGCCCGCCGGCGAGGCGAAGCUCGUCGCCGCGCACCACGACUGCGUGGAAAUCAAAUCUUCAACCCGACUUCAAUGUGAGCGUAUGCGACGGCACCACGACUGCGCGGCCGUCUACGCCAUGGUCGCGCUCGGCGAGCCCGGGUCGCAGCUCCGGCGGCUCCGCGACGCCGCGGACCACGCGCUCCCGCCGGAGCGCGCGGCGAAGAUGAACGUCGCCCUGCGCCACGCCGUCAAGGCUCUCCGCCUCGCGGAGCGCGCGCACGGGCGCGUGAACACCGCGACGGCGCAGAUGCACUUCGCCGUCGGCAAGCUGAGCGCGGACGCCAAGUGGUGGCACGAGGCCGCGCACCACCUCGGCCAGGCGGCGCUGUUGCACCACAUCAUCUACUGCGGCCACCUCGGCCACCCGAAGCACGCCGAGGUCGACCGCUGCGUCGAGACGCUCCAGCGGACGAUCACGGACUUCAAGAUCAACGACGCGAAGCGCUGCGCGCUCUCCGACGACGUCGUCGCGGGCCUCGACGCCGACGCGUCGCGCGUCAAGUGCUCCUUCUGCGGCAAGGUCGAGCGGCCCGACGGCAAGGACCGCUUCGACCGCUGCGGGAAAUGCAAGUGCACCAAGUACUGCAGCCGCGACUGCCAGCGGGCCCACUGGCCACACCACAAGGCCGCCUGCCGGGCCGCCGUGCCCAUGGCGGAGCGGCUCCAGGAGAUCAAGGACAAGGAGCCGCCGCGCGUCCACCCGCGGCCCAUCGGCGUCACGGGCAAGCUCCGCGCGGACGCGGAGGCCGCGCGCCUCGCGGCGUUGGCGAAGAAGGCGACGAAGCCGGGCAAGGACGCCGCCCCGCCGGACGACGGCGCCAUGGACGUCGACGCCCAGUGA